AGAGAGAGGGGAUUCGCGUGCCGGAAAGCGAGAGUACUUUGGAAGGCCGGGCGCCGAGGGCUCGAGAAGAGAGAGAGAGAGAGAGAGAAGAGAGAGAGAGAGAGAGGUUGGGGAUAGAUCGGGUGGGGCGGCUGAGGGCGGCCGCGAUGUCGGAUUUGGACCGGCAGAUCGAGCAGCUGAAGCGGUGCGAGCCGCUGAAGGAGUCGGAGGUCAAGGCGCUGUGCCUUAAGGCCAUCGAAAUCCUCGUCGAGGAGAGCAACGUCCAAAGGGUGGACGCCCCCGUCACCAUAUGUGGUGACAUUCACGGGCAGUUCUAUGACAUGAAAGAAUUAUUUAAAGUUGGCGGCGAAUGUCCAAAGACCAAUUACUUGUUUUUAGGUGAUUUUGUUGAUCGUGGGUUUUAUUCAGUUGAAACCUUCCUGCUGCUGCUUGCGUUGAAGGUGAGGUAUCCAGACCGCAUAACACUUAUUCGAGGAAACCAUGAAAGCCGGCAGAUUACACAGGUAUAUGGAUUCUAUGAUGAGUGCCUCCUUAAGUAUGGAUCAGUAAACGUAUGGCGAUAUUGCACGGAUAUUUUUGACUACUUAAGUCUGUCAGCACUUAUUGAAAACAAAAUCUUUAGUGUCCAUGGAGGUCUUUCUCCUGCUAUAACAACUUUAGACCAGAUCCGAACAAUAGAUCGUAAGCAAGAGGUUCCUCAUGAUGGAGGCAUGUGUGAUCUUCUAUGGUCAGAUCCAGAAGAUGCUGUUGAUGGCUGGGGUAUAAGUCCCAGGGGUGCAGGCUAUUUGUUCGGAGGGAAUGUUGUUAUGUCCUUUAAUCAUUCAAAUAAUAUCGAUUACAUAUGUCGUGCACAUCAGUUGGUUAUGGAAGGAUACAAAUGGAUGUUUAACAACCAGAUUAUAACUGUCUGGUCUGCUCCUAAUUACUGUUACAGGUGCGGUAAUGUGGCAGCUAUACUUCAGCUGGAGGAGGGCCUGAAUAAGCAGUUCCAAGUAUUUGAAGCUGCACCACAAGUUUGCAUCGAGAACAUUUUGUUAUUCUUAAAAAAAUUGUUGCUAUUUUGAUUUGUUGUUGACAUGCAUUCAUUCCUAUGCAGGAAUCAAGAGGGAUUCCUUCCAAAAAGCCACCUCCAGAUUACUUCCUCUGAGAGCAAGCUUGAGACCUUUGCUUCUGCCUCUGUUUGAAGUCGCGGCAAACUCAUCAGAUUUUUUUCCCCAUGCUGAGGUGGGCAUACUCUGUCUGGUCCUUGUUGCAAUGUACAUGUCGAGGUUCCAAUAGCCGAGGGUCAGGUUAGUACUGUUGUAGUUGCAAAUAUGUACACAACUAUACAAACAUUUUUGCACUACCUACACAAAAUGUUGAAGGAAUAAAUGGGAAUUCUUUGGGACGGUGCCAAACAAA